AUGACCGUACAAGCACCAUUCAAAACGAAGUCUGGCAUUCCAAUUACCAUUGGAACCGGUUCUGGUUCCAUCUGGAAAGAUAGGAAGAGAGCCAAUCCGGAGAACAAGGAAAUUCCCAAGGAGAUCAUCAGCACAAUUGAGUCGUCCUUAUUAGCUGGUUUCAACCACAUCGAUAGUAGCGAAGCUUACAAUACGUACGACGAGGUGAGACAGGCUAUAGAAAGUAGCGGUAAGAAGAGAGAAGACUUGUGGUUGACCACCAAGUACGUCGGAGGUUCUAGUAGAUGGGAAGCACCAUCGAAGGGCCCACGUGAUGCACUUGAAAUCGCUCUCAAGGCUUUGAACACCGACUACAUUGACUUGUACUUGAUCCACCAUCCGUUCUUGGACCCUGUCCAUUCGUAUGGAUACACCAUUGAGAAGACAUGGGCCGAACUCGUGAGUCUAAAGGAUUCAGGUAAGGUUAGAGAAAUUGGGGUUUCCAACUUUAGGGUUCAAGACUUGGAAAGAAUUUUCAAUAUUCCAGAUGUGAAGUACGCCCCAGUGGUUAACCAGAUCGAAUUCCAUCCUUAUCUUCAAGACCAGUCUCCAGGAAUACUCGAUUUCUCCCAAAAGCACAACAUUUUGGUGGAAGCUUACGGUCCAUUAACGCCAAUCUUUAGAAUCAAGGAUACAGAUUCUGGCGAGCUCAAGACUGAUCACCCCUUAGUCCCUGUGUUGGAGAAGUUGUCUCUGAAAUACGGAAAGACUCCUGCUCAGAUAUUAUUGAGAUAUACGUUACAGAGAGGUGUUCUUCCAAUCACUACAUCCUCGAACAAGGAGAGACAAAAGCAAAGUAUCGAAGUGUACGAAUUUGAAUUAGACACAGACGAUGUUGAAGAGAUUACCAAAAAGGGAAGUGAGUACUUUCACAGAGGUUCCUUCGUAGGAUUAUUCUAA